AUGGCUUCAUCAUGUGAUACAUCACAAUCAAUUCGAUGGAUAUGGCUUAGUGAAGAUGUCAAUAUGGAUGAUCUGGACUUGUACGGACAAACUUUAGAAGACGAAUCACAACUACGAAAAUCAUUAGGUUUUCUCAAAUAUUUUACGAAUGUCGAUGAAUGUGUUGACUACAUAACAGAUGUUCAAGAUACCCAUAUUGUUCUAACUAUUUCUGGUCGAUUUGCUAGGCAUGUUAUACCACAUAUCCACGAUUUUUCACAGUUGGAAGCUGUAUAUAUCAGUUGUAAGCCAGAAAAUAAAGAAAGAAAUAAGGAAUGGUCAGCAUAUUAUUUUAAGGUAAAAGCAAUUAUUUCACAGACUGAAGAAUAUAUGGCAGUGAUCUACCGAAAUCAUAUUAAAUCGUAUGUGGAAAUGAAAAACUCAGCUCUUCGAAAUUCAUCAAUUUUAAUUGAUACUAAUCAUGAACGAUUUCAUGGAAUGACACCAUUCAACGUUUUUGAUUCGACAGGAAAUACAUACAAAGAUUUGUUAACUGAAAAUGGAAAUUUCGUAUGGAUGCAACUACUUAUUGAAGUUUUAAUACAUUUGAAUCCUUCAAAGAGUGCCAUGGAUGAAUUUCGUCGAAUGUAUCACGAAUUUAUUAAGAGAGACAAUAAAGAUUGGGAAAAUGUUUUCAUUUUCAUAAGUGUUUAUGAUUAUUUGAAUCCCAUUAAAUGGUACACAAAAGAACCCUUUGUAUAUCAUUUUUUGAACGAAAUACUACGUAGCGGUGAUAUUGAUAAAUUGAUUCUAUUACGUAUGUUGGUACGUGACAUAAAUAAUCAAUUAAAAGAAGAACAUCGAAAAUUUGUAGAAUCAUCUAUAACAGUAUAUCGAGGACAAGCAAUGAAAUUAACAGAAUUGCAAUAUUUACAAAAACAUCCUGGUCAUUUUAUAUCUAUGAACAGUUUUUUAUCGACUAGCAGAGAUCGUCAAAUAGCAAUGAUGUAUGCCGAAACCAUUGAUAAAAGUGAUGACAACUUGCAAUCAGUAUUGCUUGAAAUUAAUUGUGAUACGGUCCGAUUAGACAUGAAACCAUUUGCUGACAUAUCACAUUUAAGUUGUUUUGAAAAUGAAAAAGAAAUAUUAUUUAUGUUAGGCUCCGUUUUUCGUGUACAAAAUAUAUAUCAAGAUGAAACAAAUGAAUUAUGGUUUGUGAAAAUGACUCUUUGUGGAAAAAAUGAUUAUGAUUUUGGAAACGUAUUUCAAUCAAUAAGAAAUGAUAUGACUAACACGCCAAGCCUUACUUCUUUAGGACUGAUAUUUCAGAGUAUGGGUGAUUUUCGACGAGCAACUCAAUGUUUUCAAGAGCAUUUAAAUUUAUUAGAAGAUGAGGAUGAUACUACACGCUCAGCCUGUUAUCACAAUUUGGGUAACAUGGCUACAGCAAAUGGAAAUUAUGAUAAAGCUUUAGACUACUUGAAAAAAUCAAUGAAAAUCAGAUUGAAGGUAUUGCCAACUGAGAAAUUCAUCAUGGGUGCUUUGUAUAAUGAUAUAGGUGCCGUUUAUGAUGCAAAAAAAGAUCAUGAAAGAGCACUCGAAUAUUACGAAAAGGCUCUUUCAUCUACAUUAGAAUCCGUUGGAGAAAACCACAAACAAUCUGCAAUGAUAUACGGCAAUAUUGGUGAUAAUUAUCACCAUCAAAAUAAAUAUGAUCUUGCUUUGAACAAUCUCAAUAAAUCUUUGGAAAUUCUGACGAAUCUACAUUUUAAAAAUAGGCCGGAAUUUGUCCGAACAUUGGGUGAUAUUGGAAAAGUAUAUUCUUUAAAAGGUGAUCAUAGCACAGCAUUGUUACUUAUGAGCGAAGCACUGAAGAUAGAACGAAAGAUUCUUCCAGAUAAUCACGUCAAAUUAGCAAUUUCAUACAAUAAUAUUGGCUCAUUGUACGCCGAAGUUGGAGAAUUAGAUUUGGCCCUUGAUAACUACAAUUUGGCUCAAGGAAUUUUUCAAGUUGCUCUACCAAUAGAUCAUCCAAAUACUCAAGCUGUAACAAAAAAUAUCGAAACUAUAAAGACGAGGAUAGACGGAAGAUGA